GCUCUUCGCUCCGAUCGGUUGGUUCGGGAAAAAAAUCGGUUCGAAGCGUGGCGCGGGAUAGGAGGAAAAACUCAUUCAUGAAGCUGUGUACGCCGUUUUGUCUAUAUAUAUAACAUACGUGGCCCUCCAUCGGUACAGGUAUUCCGUUCUCAUCCUUCGUCCUCGUUAGAUCGCAUCAGGCGUACUAAUUCACGAUCCCUGCAAGUGUGCUGCAAUUAGUGACCAAACCGUAACAAAUCCGCGCGUGUUUGUUCGUGCUUUGUGACAGUUACUUCCACCUACCGCAGUCUCCCUGACCGAAUUCGGUUUGUUACCGAAAAUACGAAGUGUUGUAUACCUGGUUGAUCUAAGCAACCGAAGAGUACAGAUUCACCGGAACCGACUGUGGUAUCGGGCAGGAUAAUCUCAGUGCUAGGCUAACUAAGGAUCGAGUGCCCGUGUGUGUUAUUAUUACAUUGUUUUUGUUGAAUUCAUAGUGACGUGCAAUUUGUGAACCACUUAUCUCCGGGGGGUUGCAAACCUUGGAGCCUUAUUAAAUUAUUAGUACAGUGAUUCCAUAUUGGGGGAAAACGAGUUGCCGUUUUCCUUGUCGAAACCGUAACCCUGUAACGGCCUCACUAUUUUUCUAAUCAACUAUAACAACACGAGCAGCAGCAGAAUGCCGGGACGUCCCCUGUGGCAGGUCGCCGGAAAACGCGACAAAGACCAGGAACGCGAAGCGCAACACUGGAUCGAAACGCUGCUCGGCGAAAAGUUUCCCGCCGGUUUCCUCUACGAGGACUGCCUCCGGGACGGUAUCAUCCUGUGUCGGUUGAUGAAUCGGCUGUCGCCCGGAAUCGUGCCGAAGAUCAACAUCAGCGGUGGCGACUACAAAAUGAUGGACAACAUCAGUCAAUUCCAGAAGGCAUGCAUCAAGUACGGCGUCGCGGAUGUGGACCUGUUCCAGACGACCGACCUGUGGGACAAGAAGAACAUCGCCCUGGUUACGACCACCAUCUUUGCCGUCGGUAGAACGUGCUACCGCCACCCGGAAUUCCGCGGCCCGUACCUUGGUCCGCGCCCGUCGGAGGAAAACCGCCGUGAAUUCACCGAGGAGCAGCUGCGUGCCGGCGAAGGACUCAUCGGACUGCAGGCCGGUUCCAACAAGGGAGCAACCCAGGCCGGGCUGAACUUUGGAGCCACCCGUAAGAUUCUACUGGGCAAGUAGAAUGGCGGUUCGUAUCGCGACAUUCACCCGAUAAGGCUCCUAUUGUCCGUCGUGAGUUCGGCAGCCCGUGGCAUUCGUCAAUGAUGGUGUUUCGCUGAGUUUAUUAUAACUUAUUUAUUUAUUAAACCGACUCGGUUGGUCCGUUUUUUCUUAAUAUUAUAAUUUAUUUGAUCGUACCCAAGCUUAGAUGCGCGAGCAUCGAAGCAGAACGAGUAUUAUUUAGAAACAUCUAAACUAAACCUUUGAUCAGUUUUUUCUCUGUGGAAUCGAUAUUGUAUUCAGUGGAAUAAAGUACAAUAAAACACGUUACA